AUGGAUGCUCGAUACUUGCGGCCGCCGAGACCUUCGACGGGUUACAUGACCACUCCUUCUCAGACACCAGCGCCAUACGGGAGGGCGUCUCCUUACUUCCCCCAAACAACCUCAAGAACGGGCACAAGCUCAGCAAAUCCGAGAGAAGAAGGCUCCUACACGGCAACGCCGAUACCAUCUUCAGCGGAAGAUCCUGUGUCUAGUUCUUACUACACCCCAAGCUACGACUACGGUACUGAUACUAGUGGUAUUAUAUCGAGACCUCGUACGACCCGGCCGAGCACUUCCCACACUAGUCGCACGUCGCGAACCCCUUUUCUGCCCAACAGCGCCAAACACACCAUUGUGUGUGCCCUGAGCGAGGCUCGCGGAAUCACUCCUGCUGUUGGAAUUGUAUUCUUCAACGUUGAUACCGGAGAAGCUAUCCUCAGCCAAAUCUCCGACAACAGGUUCUUCGUUCGCACUCUCCACAAACUUCAGAUCAUGGAGCCAACCCAUCUCCUGAUCGUCAGCUCGUGCUGCCCCCCGAAUCCCAAGUCGAGGCUUUACAGCCAUAUCGAGGAACAUAUGCCAGAUACAAAGAUCACAUCUCUUGAUAGAAAGUACUGGUCAGAGAUGGAUGGGCUCAAUCGUAUUCAAACCUUCGCAUUCCGAGAAGACGCCGAAGCUGUAAAAGUUGCUAUCGAAGGCAGCUUUUAUGCGACUUGCUCAUUUGCCGCGGCUAUGAGUUUCUUGGAGACCGAGUUCUCCGUGCGUGUUGUUCCACACUCUCUUCGCAUUCGUUACCAGCCCUCGGAGGAUACAAUGAUGAUUGACGUAUCUGCCAUCAUGUCUCUCGAGAUCCUGCAAAAUCGACGCCACGCGGCGUCUAGCGACAGCCUUUACGGUGUUCUCAAGCAUACAAUGACGCCCAUGGGCGGCCGGGUACUUCGAAGUAAUCUAUUGCAGCCGUCUACACUAAAAGAGUCAUACCUUGAGCCAAGAUUUGCUGCAUUGGAGGAACUUCUUGCAAAUCAAGACAUGUUUGCAGAGGUCCGAACAGCUUUGAAGGCUUUUCCUGAUGUCGAGAGCAUGCUGACCAAGCUUGUCAUCAUCCCUAACAAACCGUCCGUUGAGGCGUCAGAAAGAGCAAUCAAUCAUGUUCUGAUGGUCAAGACCUUCAUAGAUGCCGUUCCACCAGUGUUCCAGGCGCUAGGCCCUGCCACGUGCCCUCUUCUCACCAAAAUCAGAGAUCUCUGCCAGCCAGAGUUGACUGCAGCCGCCAGAGAGCUUGUGUACCAGAAUAUUCAUGAGGAUGUUCAUUAUGUCAAAAGCGCUCUAGACCUACGAAAUCAAAGAACUUUUGCGGUCAAACCUGGAAUCAACGGGCUUCUCGAUGUUGCCAGACAAGCCUAUAAGGAAAACACCGAUGACGUCCAUAAACAUGUUGAAGAGCUGAAUCGCGAGCAUAGUAUCGAAGCUAUCCUACGGUUUGAUAACGGGCGCAAGUACAGCCUCCGAAUGCGAGCAGUGGAUUUCGAGGACCGGGCUAUUCCUGCGGUGCUUGUCAACCGGACGAUGAGGGGUCGUUACAUCGAAUGUCUCACAAUGCAUCUCAAGAAACUGAACCAGAGAAUCACCGACUCCGUUGCGGAAGUGGUCAUGCUGAGUGACAAGGUUAUUCAGGACCUCAUCGACAGCAUCCGGACUCAACUGCAGCCCCUCUACCGCGUCUGCGAUUCAAUCGCACUGCUCGACAUGAUUGCGUCAUUUGCACAGGCAAGUUCGACCUUCGAUUGGAGAAGACCGGAAAUAUCAGAUACUCUAGCGCUGAAAGCUGCUAGGCAUCCCAUCAUGGACAAGACUCUGAAGGGUGGCUUUGUACCGAAUGAUUAUUACGCUACCGAGGAGCACCGUUUCCAGAUUGUGACCGGCUGCAAUAUGAGCGGGAAAAGCACUUACAUCAAGAGUAUCUCUCUGCUUCAGAUCAUGGCACAAAUUGGCUGCUUCGUGCCUGCUGAAUACGCCAGUUUUCCCAUUGUACACAAUAUCUUCGCUCGGGUGACUACCAACGACAAUAUUGAGUCCAAUAUGUCAAGCUUCUCGCUUGAGAUGAGAGAGAUGGCUUUCAUCCUUAGGUACGUAGUGUUGACGCAGGAGGUUCCAGUACUGACGUGCCCAAGCAAUGUCACCCACAAGAGCAUCGUCAUCAUAGAUGAACUAGGUCGAGCCACAAGCACUCGAGAUGGACUUGCUAUUGCGAUCGCCAUAGCCGAAGCCCUUAUACAGAGCCGUGCCAUUGUGUGGUUUGCAACUCACUUCACAGAGCUUGCCGACGUCCUAGCCGAUCGUCCCGGAGUGCUGAAUCUUCGUCUCGUCACGCAGGUUUCGACGACGGACAAUAACGUACCCAAGUUAACUAUGAUGUACAAGGUUGAGUCGGGAAAGACUGAGGAGUUGCUCUAUGGCAUCACACUUGCGAAGGCAAUGGCAUUUCCCAAACGGUUCCUGGAAGUUGCCGAGGAAGUUGCUAUAUCACUGCAUCAACGAAGGGAACAGAAUAAGCAGUCUUCUCAAGCGAGGAAGAUGCUCAACCGACGCAAGCUGAUACUUAAUCUUCACGAACAGCUCAAACAGGUGAAAAGUUCAGCAAUGGAUGAUUCAUCGAUGAGAAGCUACUUGAUACGUCUCCGAGAGGAGUUCGUCUUGCGUAUGGAGGCCAUCGAGAACGGCGGCAAUCAAAGCAGUAGCAACGCUAGUGAGGCUCUCGGAGACGGGAUGGACGGGGAGGAUAAGGAGUUCGAGGACGAAGACGUCUUCGACACUGUUGAUGCCGAGUCACUUUGGAGCAGCUGA